AUGCAGGAGGGCACCAGCCGCGCCGCGUCCGGCGCCAGCAGCCGCGACGUGAGCCGGCAGGCCUGGCUGACCACCCGCAGCGGCCUGCGCCCCCUGCGCGCCCCCCCCUCGCUCGACGUCUACUACUUCUACCCCUCAGUGUCGCUCAUCGCCGCGAGCUUCUUCGGCUUUCUGUGGGCCACCCGCCCGGCCAAGGCCAGCGACCAGCGCCUGGCCCUCUGGCGCGAGCAGCUGGCCGACGAUCUCGUGGUUGGGUGCUUUUGGGCCUAUUGCGAUGAUCUGGCGGAGGUUGCCGAUGGGGAGGCCCUGGAGCUGGGCGUGUCCGGGGUCGCCGAGGGAUGGUACGACCCCAAGCUGGAUUACUGGUCGGCGGCGAUGAGGCGGUGCUGCACAGCGCUGGGCGUGCGGUACCAGCAGCAGCUGAGGCGGCAGGAAUUCAGAGAGCGGACGGGGCGGGUGAGGCGGGCGGAGCUGGACUACACGCCACGGGAUGUGGCCGUGGCGCUGGGCUACGAGGUGGCAGACGACAGAGUGAGCUCGGGGUGCGUGCUGAAGGUUCUUGUACCAGCACUCAAGGCGACGCAGCUGUGCCACGGCAUGAUCAGCAUCCGGGAGUUUAAGCAAAUCCUGAGGCAGGCACUGUAUGCAGACAAGGAGGGGGUGAUCGGCCCCAAGGUCCGACGCCUGCUGUGCAGCAGCCAGGUCAACGAGUACCUCAUGUCCGACAGCCUGCAGUAUGACGCGCAGUACAGGCAUGUGUACUACAAGAUGGCGACGAAGCUCAUGACUGACCCAUGGAACACAUGGGAGUCCAGCUCGGCGUGUUAUUAUGGCAACAUGAACGAGCCACCCGACUCCCUGCGGAACGCGAUGGCACUUGUGCGCAGAAACGUUGAGGCCUGGUACGAUGUGUACGGGAUGCCCUUCGAAGGGGACUGA